AUGGGCGUAAAGAAGCUUUGCGACAUCGAAGGCGUCGAUCGUUUCAAGUCCAAGUGGCACCCAACCACCCAUUCGGCCAUGUCCGUAUCCGUACUGUGUCGGGUGAGGUGUGGCGCGAUCGCUUUUCCAAGGCAACCGGUGUACUUGACGGUUGUUCAAGCCAACCUUGACUUCCGAAAACCUAAUUGUGACGAUUGCGACUGGGAUCAUGAUGAAAGAUGCUACGCCAAGUAUGUUCCUAGGCAGAUUUCAUUCACGAUUUACCCGACCCAAUCAAACACCUCGCAACGGAGACUUUCCACCGUCGAGAUCCGCCGUGGCGACGAGAAACGGCUCGUCUCAUCUGCGGCGCUGACAAUGUGGACUCAUCAUGUGGACAUGAGUCUGGUGAACUUAAAAUCGUCUCAGCCUAGUCAUCCGAGUAUUGCGCAGUCUGAUAUGGAUAUAGUCCCAACAGUGCAUCUUGGACGAGGUACAAUAACAAGUUGUAACAUGUGCACCAUUGCUGCGGAGCAAUCACGAAUUGGGUGGCGACAAAACGGUGUAAUUACGAAUCGCACAUGUUCCGCUCUGUGUUCGCUCGACUGGUAA